GUGAACAAGACAAUGGAUCCGCAACCCGUCAAAGUGCCACCAACUUUUAAGACGCUGCUGCCAUUCAUCCGGCGUGCCGAGGAGCUGGAUAGGGACACAUCACGCCCAGAGUCCAAGCUGAUUGCGUAUUUCUGCCGCCAGUAUGCUAUGGAGCUGGGCAUUAAGCUGCGCGAGAACGACUCCUCCAACGAGGCGACAGAUUACUUGCUAUCGCUAAUGGACCGCCUGGAAGAGGAGAAGAACAAGCUGCCAGACUUUACGCAGGAGGAAGGGAAGGAAAUCUGCGAGGAUUUUGCGAUGGAAAUUUUUUCAAAAGCGGACGAUGAGGAUCGCGCGGGGAUGGCAACUAAGAGCACUGCUCGCACAUUCUACGCUGCUGGCACGUUUUUCGACAUUCUGAGCCAGUUUGGGGACCUGUCCGAGGACGUUGUGGAGAAGCGUCGCUAUUGCAAAUUUAAAGCAGCGACAAUAUUGAAGGCUAUUAAGGAAGGAAAAACGCCAACACCCGGCCCGCCGGAGGGUCUGGACAUGAAAAUUGUGACCGUGGUAACGCCACCGCUGCAACCAUCAGAACCAGCGUACAACCCAACAUCAUUUCCUUCACUCACUGAGUCGGUGAGAUCGGCGGGUGCGAUGAGUGCAAGUGAACUUGAUAAUACAUGGGCCGGACCUAGUGCCACCCAUUCGCCCCCCGCACCAUCAGCCCCGAGCCAUUCUGCACCGGCCGCUCCUCCUUCUCCGGCAUACUCAGUCCCCUUAGCCCCACCUCCACCCGCUGCUUCAGAAGCAGCCUACCAACAACCUCCUGCUCCAACACCAGCCUACCAACCACCUCCUGCUCCAACACCAGCCUACCAGCCUCCUUCUGCUCCAACACCGCCAUAUCAACCUCCGCCCAGUUAUACGCCUCAGAGCACACCUGCUUGCACGCGUAAUACUCCCGUAUCACAGAACGAGAUCAAUGACGCGAUUGAGUACGCCAAAUUCGCCGUUGCAGCCCUCAAGGUGAAAGACAUGAAGCUGGCAGAAGAGCGUUUGGAAAUGGCCCUGCGCAAUAUUAGAGGAGCGUAGCCGCAGUUGACACAUGCCGCAAGUUUGAUAUUUUUCAGAAUGCAUGCGUAUUGUUCAUCGCUUCA